CUUCGGCAACAAGAAUUUUGAACGAUAAGUUAAGUAAAUGCUUUAAAAAGGAGAUUUUAAGUUUAGUCAUAAAGAUGACUCGUUAUAAAGAUAGUAAUAAGGCUAGGCGCAUAAAGAAUUCCUUCGACACGCACAUUGCACUAAUUCCAUUGAUCGACCUUUUAAACAUCGAUUAUAAACCCGUGCUGAAUAUUUUUAAAAAGAGCAGCCGUCAAAACGGUUAAUAAUAAACAAUAACAAACUGUUGCGCGGGAACGAAACACAAUUCCUUCUUGCCGGUCGAAACUGAACACGAAAAAUUGUGCAAAAAUGGACGACGACGAUGAACUGUUUGCGAGUCUAGAUAUACCACCGGCAGCAAAACACUCCGCCGUGAGUGAAACCAAAGCAACGCCUAAUGAACCUACACCGUCCACCAGUGGUGUAACCGGUAAAGCCGAAACAACCGUCGUUGUGGCAAAGGUAAACAAAGGCCACUGCAUCCUGGUAAAUCCAAAGCAGCGUGGCAAUCCGUUGCUAAAAGCCAUCCAAAACAUUCCCUGGGAGUAUGAUGACAUCGUGCCGGACUAUGUGGUCGGCGCAAGUGCAUGCGUUCUGUUUCUUUCGCUGCGCUAUCACAACCUAAACCCCGACUACAUCCACGCGCGUUUAAAGCAGUUAGGGAAAAUGUACGAACUGCGUGUACUGCUGGUGCAGAUCGAUAUUUCUGAACCGCAAAAUGCGUUAAAACAUCUCACCCGCAUCUGUUUGCUGGCCGAUCUGACGCUGAUGCUCGCGUGGAACGCCGACGAAGCUGGACGGAUAGUGGAGAAGUACAAGCUGUUUGAAAACCGACCGGCGGACUGGAUCAUGGAAAAGGCAGAGAAGUAUCCGCAUGAGAAGCUGGUGCGGGCACUUACCACCAUUAAACCGGUCAACCAGACGGACGCGAUGAUACUGUUGCAGAACUAUGGUACGCUGGGAAAACUGAUCAAUACCACCGAAGAGAAACUAAGCAUGUGUUCCGGGUUAGGGCCAAGAAAGGUGAAAAAAUUGCACAAAACUUUUAGUGAAAACUUUCGUAAACAGUAACUGCUAUACUGUGGUUGUUGAUCACAACGUUAAAAUUAAUUAAAUUAAGUGUUUAUCUCUGUCCUUAAGUAAAUUACGAAAUAAGUUCGCCAGAAACGUAUCUGUCCAUGGUUUUUGUUUAAAAAAAACAGCGUAAUAUCACAAAUCGUGAAAAGUAUGAAAAGAAGUACAUAAUUCAACAGGAACA